AUGGCCAUGUCCAGUUGGAUGAUCCGAAGAAGCUUAAGGCAAAGAAUCAGCAAUCGACCAGCACCGGAAGAUUGUUACCGACUGGACCCAGACAAAACGUUGCGGGAAAAUGCGACCGACAUCUAUACCGGGCUCUGUUCGCAUCACACAACCGUCAACAAACGGCUCAGCCUGCUGAAUGGGCUGGUAAAGUUGAUCGAUCGGUGGAAGCGUGAUGUUGGGUUGGACAGUGGUGGUGGACGUGAGUCGUCGGGCCCACAGUCUGUUCGAUCUGUUACGGCGCUGUCGGCUGAACGGGACGCCUGCCUCGGAUAUACGGUACUGCAGUGGAUAUGUUGCGUUAGUCGCAGCCUCGUACAUCAGCUGCCACAGAUACGGGCGGGAGCGUUGCGUGUGUUGCGCCGUCUACUGCUCGCACCGUGUGAUAUGAGGGAGCUGAAUCGGUUACAGCUGGCCCAUCUGGUGUGUCGCAGCCUUGACGUGAUGCUGCGCAAUGGCGAGGAACGAAUACAGGCGUUGAAGCUGGUGCGAAGGAUGCUUGUUGUGGCACCGGACGAACUCAGGCCAGCCAUUGUACGAUGUCUGGUGGCGCUCUGUGAAAAUAGUGCAGGAGGAUCGGGCCCAGGAGGAGCAGGAAAUGGGCCUGGAGGAGGAGGUGGAGGUGGUGGUCCUGGUGGAGGAGGAGGUGCUGGUGGACACACAGGUGGAUCGGGCGAGGAUCGGCUGUUGCGCUGCUGUCUUGCAACGCUGUGUGAGAUAGGCGUGCUGAACCCGCUGCUAAUGAUCGAGUGUGGCGGUGUGGGUGUAAUUACACGCAGCGUACUCGAAUGUCACAGUCCGCGUAUAGCGGAAAGCUUGUGUGGCGUGUUGCUGUAUCUGCUGGAGUGGCCACGCACGCGCGACGUUGCCGGCGUACGGUUGGAUUGCUUUGCCGCACCGUACUGUGACUUUACGUACCGUCUCGGUAUCAUGGACCGGUAUAAGGAUGCGCGGGAGCUACGUUUCACGUGUAGCCGUCUCGCCCUGCUGUCUGUUCUCCGGUCUUGGGCCGGUACGAUCGAAUUCUGUGACCCGCACCGACCAUCCGGGUUACGAGCACUCAUCGACAUCCUGUACCUUAACCAGCUCGAAAUACGAAAGGCCGUGCUGGAUCUAUUGUACGAGUUGAUUGGGCUACCGCAGCCCGUUUGGACAGACGAGUACUCGGUGGCGAUGUCGGUGGUCGAUCCAGCCGAGUAUCAGGAUGCGUGGCGACUGCAUGAAGGUUUCGUAGCCGCGGAAGGCACCGCUAUCCUUCCUAGCCUAGCCGGUGCGGUGCCGAACCUGUGCGAAAUCCAUCUAGCUCUGCUGCUGUACUGUUUCGUCGAGAACGGGCUGCUGAAUGCGCUGAUCGAGGUGAUCAUCUCGAGCGAUACGUUCAUCUCGGUCCGGGCGACGAUACUGCUGGCACGUAUCACCCACCAGCUGCACUGUUUGCUGCCGGCGGAAAUAUGUGCUCGCACGCCGACCGCCACCCUGCCGAUGCUCGUUAGGCGCGCGAUCGAGGGCAAUCAUCAGGCGCGAGCUGCCAUUACCGCAUUGCAGCAGCACCACUUGAUGCUGCAGAAUCGGCCCGCUUCCUGUAGCCUGUACCUGGAUUGCAUUAUCCAAAGCGGGGAGCUGAUCAAUACGCGAGCCUUUCGCCGUGAGCUGGUGGCACCGACGCAACGAUCCGACCAGCAAGGCAAUGGGUUUGGGUGGGGUGCACCGAGCACGUUCAAAUACGGCACGCUAGAUGGGCUGAAGCGGGUCCGUCAUGAUUCGACUGGUUCGAGCGGUGGCGGUGCCGGUGGUGGUAGCAGUGGCCUUGGAGGACUGUUCGGGAAUAUGUUCCCUAGUGGGGGCAGCGGGAGCGCCUACGAAUGGAACACCGGCAAUGAAGGAGGGUUCGUGCGGGAUGCAACACGCAGCACCACCACCCGGACGGGUACGAUGACACGUUUCAUGGCUACGUCCAAGCGCAACGUGCUGCAACAGCUGUGGGCCAGCCUUACCGAGGGCGAUCGGUUUCUGAAGGAGUCGAACGUGCUCGCCGUAAAGGAUGCCAACAUGUGGGACUGGGACAUUAUCAUCACGAUCCUGCGGUCGGAUCUACUGGGAAUGAAGCUCGACGAGCAGAAUACACGCUUCGUGCGUCGGAUCGUGGACUAUUUUAAGCCAAGCAACAAUCGCUUUUCGCAUCAGGAUUUUGCGCAUCUGAACAGCAACCGGCAGAUGCCGGCAUACGUAACCGCCGGGUUGGAGUUGAUCGAUGCGAUGCUUCAAUCGACGGAGCUGGAAUAUAUACGCAUCCUGACGGAUCUGUUCACCGACAUCAGCCGGCAGCUGUUGGCAAUCCAUGCGAAGAAAUCGGCCCACGAAUGUUUGUUCAGCCCGCUGCAUAUGACCGGUACGAUGUGUCAGCAUUACUUCCUGUUUAUCGGGCGCAUGUGUCGGACGGAGGGUGGACUCGAGAUACUGCGCAACACGGACGUGUUCAAGGAGCUGUCGACGAUCGUGCUGAAGACGAACCAUCUCUGCUACGUUAAGCUGAUCGUGUCCGGGUUGGACUACAGUCUCGAGGCAGAACCGCGCGUAAUACUGGCAAAGGCGUUGCUGCGUCACCCGUCACCGAAGGCCCGGCUGUACGCAACGCAGAUGCUGCGUGUGCUGCUCCGUGCCCGGUUGCCAAACUUUGAGGUGUGGGGCAUACAACUGAUGCUGAAGCUGGUCGCGGCAAUGUUGGGCGAUGGGCAGGCACGUUGCGUACAGAUGGCUGCACUGGAUCUGCUGGAGGAGGCAUGCUACGAGCGGACGUACCUGGAGGAGCUAGCCCACUCCUGGCCCCGACUCGAUCGGCUCGGUCCCCGCGGAAAGAUGGUAAUGAUGCGAUUCUACUCGAUACCGCGCGGUAUCAACCAUCCCGAGGCGCACACGGUGCAGGAGCUGGAGCAGUGGGUCACGGUGUACAACGAGCAGUACGUGCUGUUGGUCGAAGCGGACACACACGCCCACCUUACGCAGCAUAUCCGCACCGAGGACGGCACGUACAGUCGGCGGCAUGUGGCGAGUGGUGCACCGGGUGAGAGUACGGCCGCCGGUGCACCGAAUCUAGCACCGCACCUGUACGGCCAGCUCGUCCAAACGAGCAAAGGGUUCUCGCAGCUGCUAGGCCACGGACGGUUGCUAGAGCUCGCCGAACGUGUCCGUGUCGGUCAGUGCAACAACGAGCAGGACUGUUUGCGACUGAAGGCGGCACUGUGGGCGCUUUGUCAUACCUGCACGAGCAAGGAAGCGAUUGAGUAUGUGAACGAACAUCUGCCGUGGUUACUGCCUCAUCUCGUACAGCUCGUACGGACCGCGGAUGUCUACUCGAUACGUGCGACCGCACUCGGUGGCCUUUGUCUGGUAGCCAGCACGGCCCAGGGUGCCGAUGCACUGCGUACGAUGGGCUGGGUGGCGGUACGGCACGAUCGCAACACACAUUGGCCCGUGAACGAACCCGGCUGCUGGGAGACGGCCGUCCCGGUGGCAUCCUCCGCCAGCACGAACGAAAGUGAUGGCGAAGGACCGGGACGGCGUCGACACAGCUUUGCCUCGACCGAGGACGAAAGCACCGCCAACAGUGUGUCUUUUCUCGCGUCUUCCUGUCUCGCUUCCGCGACCGGCGAUCUGUCACCCAUACCGAGCACGUCGCAUCCGGGCAGCGUGGAGCGGGAGGUGAUGAGUGGCCGCAAACAGCACCGACAUUUGUUCCACGUGCGACGCCCACUGCUUUCCAGCUCGUCCGCGGACAUGACCGACGCGGAAGAUGUGCCGAUGCAGCUGGACAACAGUGAGCGUUUGUUUUCCUUCUUCCGAACGUCCACGAUCCGAAGCCUCGAUCGGAAGAAUCAUCGGCUCAGCCUGCAGCACUACUCCUUGAGCGAAGAUGGACAUUACCCGAGCGUUAAGGCCAAAUCGUCAUUUUUUCCUACCCCAUCAAACACACAGGGUCCCUGCUUUAUCGGUAUUUGCUUCCCGCAGGAUAUAAUGGAGCUGUUUCCAGAUCUGGAAUCAAGGCGCCCGCUAACGCUCGGUUCGCUCGUACAGCUGGACCGUAGCAAAAUGCGAUCGAAAGAUGCGGGAAGAUCGAUGAAGGUGAUGAAGCUGCGGGUGAAGACGGGACUGGACGUGGACGAAUGCAGCAUGGUUGAUUACGAGCAGGAGAUGAAGAUGAGUAGUGGACCACCGAACGUCCCAACCGUCACGGAACACCCCAGCUCAUCCGCUUCCUCAGCGCAGGACGACACGGAACAGGAUGCUGAUGCCCGGCAUCAGUCGUGGUCGUACGAAACACACAAUCGCGCACAGUGCGUUCGAUGCUGCCGGGGCAAGCGGGCGGAGGAGCGGUGGAAUCCAGCCGACCUGGACGACACCAACCGGCCCGUGCUGGAGGAAGCGAUCGCGAACAAUGUGCUGCGGCACGUGCAGCGCAUGGCGAACCCGGUCUGGAGCAAGCAGUCCCGCAGCGUCCUGCUCGACAUCAAGCAGUCCCACCCGGCUGUGUUCCAGGAUGUGUGCCUUUACUCGGAAGUGUGCCGUCUGCUCGGUUGCAACACGUACCGGCUCGGUUCGCGCCGUUUCCUGCAGGAGCUGUUUCUCGAUCUCGACUUUUUAGGUCCGUGCAAGGCGACCACCCCCGUGGAUGCACCACCGAACGUGGCCCCUGCUGCUAACUCCAAAGCGCUGCACACACCGUUGCAGAUCCAAACGCAGAAUCUCCCACCAUUGAGCACGGCACCGAACACGAAGAGUCCGCUGCCGGGUGGGUUGAGUGCGUUUCUGCUGCGCUCACCACCGUUGGCGAGCGUAUACGAGGCGAGUGUGGAAAAUCUGGACGAAAUGUCCUCCACGCCGAAACAGCGCGACUCGGCACGGUUGGAACAGCAGCAAUCCUUUCCACCGACCGUGCGCGACCCACCACGACAGCAACCGGUCGGCGACGACGAAUCCAUGACGGUGCGGUUGCGUGAUCCGCUCGCCACUUCCACGAUGCCACCACCCUCCACCGCGCACCACCGUCCUCGAUCGAUCGGUGCGCAGAGUGGUACCGCUGCGUUCGAAUCUUCCCGGCCCCGCUUCAAUACGCUCGAGCUAGAUUUGAGCUGCUCGCGCAACAAGUUCCCGAUACGGGAUCGCAGCAAGGUAGAUUACUCACCGACGACGCCACCGGUCGCGUACGGUACCGGCCCGGGCAGCGGUUACACGCUGCCACUGUCCGCCAGCAGCUCGUCGGCCUCGUUCAUCAGCACCGGCAGUGUGUCCGCCGUUACCAGCCCAACCCAGGGCCUGCCGGGUGCGUCGGCCACCUUCGGCAAUCUGUUCUGCGAGCAACGGUUACGGCUAAAGCCGUCCAAAUCGGAAGCCACCCUUACGAAGAACAAGUAG